AGGAUAAAGGUUGAAUCUCAGUGUAUCGUGGCAGCAAGACCACUCUGCCGACAGAACUCGUGUGUUGUGUUGAUAGAUAUAUCUCAGUCGCCGUUUUCGCAGAUCUUCAACAAAGGAACGAACAGAGCACACAAGAAUAGGAUGUUACCCAUGAAAAGAGAAAAGGACGAUUCAAUUUAUCCUUAUUUUGAUAAUCUUCCUGAACCACUCACCACCCAGAUUCUGCUUCAACUUCCCAUCAACACUCUUCUCAUUUGUAGAUGUGUCUGCACAAAUUGGAAAAUGCUUAUUUCAGAACCACGUUUUGCUAAAUUGCACUUUCAACAAUCACCAACUUGUUUCAUGAUUCGGCCCUGUGAUGUUAAUGAUAGUCUAGUAUCAAGAACCAUGUACCUUCUUGAGUGUGACCCUCAGAAGUUUCAGAUUGGAUGCAACAAUCAUGUCAAGCUUGCGCCUAUAUUCAAGCUUCCUCUUCGUGAUACCAAAUUUAAAAACAAGAAGAGAGACAACAACCCUCUUCACUAUAAGUUUCUUAUUGCAAAUUCUUGCAACGGCUUGCUUUGUUUGUGUCACCCAUAUAAGGGAAACCCUUCAGUCAUUUGCAAUCCAAUCACUGGGGAGUUCAUAAGACUUCCUAAACCUACUACUGUAACCCCGCCAAGUUCAUAUAAGGGUAUCGACUUAUUCCGUUUAUCCCCAUCUAGUUUAAGAAUCGAGCCAAUAGUUGCUUUUGGUUUCCAACCUAAAACUAAUGAAUAUAAGGUUAUAAAAUUGUGCGUCAUUAAUGUUAGACGUCACAUGAACCCGUCAUUUCAGCGAUUGACCCUUCAGAUACACACUCUUGGAACACCUUCAUGGAGAAAUGUUGAGGUGGAUCAUCCAAUUUUUAUUUCAAGCCUUACGCAUGCCACCAGUGUGAAUGGCACACUUCAUUGGAUCAGGUUUGGUCGUUGGCAAGUAUCAAUAUUGUGUUUCAACUUUGAAAGUGAAAGGUUGCAAUCAUUCCCUUCUGCACACGUUUUUGAAAAGAAUGAAAUUCUUGAUAAAGGUCGUAUAAGCAUGGGAGAAUUAAGGGGAUUUCUUUACAUAUGUGAUGCUUCUUCUCCACAUGGUAUUACAAUGUGGAUUAUGAAAAAUUAUGGUAUUGGAGAAUCAUGGACUAAGGUUUACAACAUUGAUACUUUUCUCAGCAAUGAUCUUUCUUCACAUAUUGGUUCAUAUUGGCCGGUAAAACACUUUGAGGAGGGUGCUGCCUUAUUGUCUUAUCAUUCAUCUAACUGUUUUAUAUUUUAUGAACCUGGGAAGUAUGGAUUCAAAGUUUUUCGAAUCCAUGGGAUUCAUCAAUCAAAGUAUUUUCAACUAAUUCCUCAUAUUCCAAGUCUAAUCUCAUUGAAGGAUGUCGUGAAAGGAGACAAUGUUGAGGUGCUAAAUAUCCACUCAAGGUGUGCAAAGUUAGAAUUGUGCGAAGAAAAUGAAGUUGUGUCCUUGGUGCAAGAGUUUGUUUGUGAUUUGGCAAGUACAUGUUCUUUAUCAUCUUACGGUAAAGAAUUCGGUGAUGAGCAUGCCUCCUAAGAAGCGUGCACAAAGUUAAAAUUGUGCGAAGAGAAUAAAGAUCUUGAAGCCUCCUUCUCCUCCUCUAAUAGUGAAGCUUUUGGUGAAGAGUAAGAAGUAAUUUCCAUACCAGCUAGGAGGUUAUGCAAAAUCACAAAUUAUAGUUUGGAUCGUUGUGUUUUUGGAAAAUUUGAGACCUUGUUUUGGGAUACAAAUGAUAUAUAUUGUAAACUUUUAAGUUAGAUGUUCAUUGAUGAUUAUAAUCUAUGGUUAUAACUUAUGUGAGAUUAAUAUGUUAUAUUAUUGUCUUGGUUUAUAUACCAAUUCA